AAACCAGAUGAAGAACCAACAAAUGUGAGAUUUCUGUCUAAAUUAAAGCCGAGUUCGGUGUAAUUAAACAACUCCCUAUAAUUACCACAUUUUUCCUUUUUAUUCCCCGAAUCUCGAGUCCCCUUCACUGACAAGACAAUAAAAAUAACACUAAUUCUUGUCACUGUAAUAAGACCAAGAGCUCCAUUUUCCUCCCCUUCCUGCGAACCCGGCCUCCUUCCUUGCUCACCAUGACCGAGCCCCCCUCAAAGCCCAACCCCAUAGGCAAUAUUGUAAGGCUCAGAGAUAUCAUCAAGAAAUGGCAGGCAAUCACAAUGACCCACCGUGUCUCAGGCGAUAGGGGGAUUUCUCCGGCGACCAACAGACGACUCAAAAACAUCUAUUUGUAUUGUGAUUCCGAUGAGGAGAGUUGCCCGAGUCCCGAUCCACCACCAGAUGUCCCGAAAGGGUAUCUCGCGGUGUAUGUGGGGCCGGAACUCCGAAGAUUCGUAAUUCCCACGGAUUAUCUGACACAACCAGUUUUCAAGGUGUUGCUAGAGAAGGCAGAGGAGGAAUUCGGGUUCUAUCACAAGGGCGCCCUGACGAUCCCUUGUGAGAUCGAAACCUUCAAGUAUUUGCUCAGGUUCAUGGCGCAAAAUCACAAGGAUGAAGAGGCCGGUACGUGA